AUGCAAGACCCAGCGUUCGUGUUUGUUCGCUGCAUCGACCGCUGUUUUGAUGCGUAUGCAUACCUCUCCGUCAACUUGGCCCGCGUCGGCCAGAUGUCUGUGCGGAUAAAUCAAUUGACGAAGGACGACGAACUCAUUGACAGCGUAAAGGAAACAUUUGCAGUGAAGGAUGGUGGACGGACAGUCACCACUUGUGCGGAUGCCAUCUCAGGCCUGAGGAAGAAGAAGGAAUUUGUCGUACAGUUCACAACAGCUGAAGACAGGAACUAUCGCCGAUCGGUGCAGGAAGCCCUGACCGCUGGACUUUCGUGA